AUGGAAUCGAUCGAAAUUCAAUGGCAGAAACAAUCCUCUGGUGACGUUUAUACUUUACCUAAUAGGCAAUACUUUCAGCAACAAUCGAUUCUCAAACGAGAUAGUCAAGAGAUAAAGCCUAAGAAAAAAAAGGUUCAAUUCAAGAUUCGUACACCCACCCCUAAAAUCCAAGCAUUUGAAAAUACAGAACAUAAUCAUUCAAAAAUAGAUCGAUCACAAAGAUCAAUUUUGGAAGAUCAUGAUUAUAUUUUACCAUCGACAAAUAUCCUCACUGCUGAAUUGCUAGAAACUUGUGGUAAACAAGUUUGCAGUACUCGAUCAAAGAGUCUUACUAUCAUCAUUGUACUUUUUAUCAUUUUAACUGUAGCUAUUGUUGUUGGUGUAGUAGUUGGCGUUACGAACUCUAAACAAAGUAUAUCGGAAACGACAACAACAAUAAACAAUCAAACGUCAUUAUCAACAACAACCUUAGUCAGUAGUAUUAGUAUAGGAAGUCAAAGUGGACCACCUUGUUCAUCGUAUACAACAAUUAAUGAUCCAUCACGAAAUGUCGCUCAAGCUUCUUUAUAUGGUUUUUGUGAUAAUGGAGCCCCAUUCAAUACGAGUAAUGGUGGUUCUUGGAUACGAUUUAUUGGUACUGGUGGUACUACAAUUCCUUUAACAUCACCCGAUGAAAACCGUUGUGGUGGUUAUUUCGGAGGUUGGUUCAAUGGAACAUUACCAACAACAGUGGGUAUUGUAGUUAACGGAACUGUACGCUUCGGGAUAGAUAGAAAUCCUGGCAUUUUCUGGGUAUCUAUGUCAGUAAUUAAUUGUGGUAGCUUUUAUGUUUACUUUUUACCACCUGUAACUAGUUGCAGUUUGCGCUAUUGUACAACAUGA